AACCCUCCCCUUGCUCUUUGUGGGAUUCCCCGACAACAACGUGCUCCGCUAAAACUCAAAAUAUUUUGGACUUUUAUCUGCUAUUUCAGUUCGCCUCCUCUACACCCACCUCUGACACAUCUCUCUCGGACAGCGCUAGCGACUGAACGUCAACGUGCGAACUGACAGAACCGGCGAAGGCAGAUGACAACAACUUCCAGUAAAACAGGCCCUGUCUUCUUCUCAAAACAGGGAGGCCAAACGAUGAUGGAAGGCACCGGCUUCGAGGGAUUAGCCUUGGGCCAGGACCUGCCUGACAGCCAGGACUCCUUCGCAGAGCUGUGGGGAAAUGUCAGUGUUUCCCCCCCGCUCCUCAACCUUCCCUUGGCGCAUCAUAACGUGUGGCAAGAUGGGAACAUGGAGGCGCUGCUGCCGGAGGGUUUCGAUGAGAAGCUAUUCGAGUUCCCCCCCGAGGUGUCCACUGCGGACGGUGUGACUCCCCCCGCCUCCACCGUGCCGGUGACCAGCGACCACCCGGGCGAGUUCGGAUUCCAGCUGCGCUUUCAGAAGUCCGGCACAGCCAAGUCGGUCACUUCUACUUAUUCUGAGAUCCUCAAUAAGCUGUACUGCCAGCUGGCGAAAACCAGCCUCAUUGAAGUGCUGGUAACCAAGGAGCUUCCUACGGGGGCUCUCCUGAGGGCCACGGCCGUGUACAAGAAGUCGGAUCAUGUGGCCGAAGUGGUCCGCAGAUGUCCGCAUCAUCAGAAGGAGGACGCUGCAGACCACAGCAGCCAUCUGAUCAGGGUGGAGGGCAGCCAGAGGGCUCAAUAUUUUGAGGAUCCCAACACUAAGAGGCAGAGUGUGACUGUCCCUUACGAGCUCCCACAGUUGGGCACCGAGAUGACAACGAUCCUGCUGAGCUUCAUGUGCAACAGUUCCUGCAUGGGGGGCAUGAACCGCAGACCCAUCCUCACCAUCCUGACCCUGGAGACUCCAGAGGGACUGGUUUUGGGCCGGCGGUGCUUUGAGGUGCGUGUCUGUGCGUGUCCAGGCAGGGACCGCAAAUCUGAGGAAAUCAAAUCAAAGACUCAGAUCGGCACUAAACAAACAACUAAACGAAAGAACCCUGCUCCGACCCCCAACACGUCUGAGAAAAAGGCCAAGUCGGCCUCCAGUGCCGAGGAGGAGGACAAGGAUGUGUUUGUCCUGCGUGUUCGAGGUCGCGAGCGUUAUGAGUGGUUGAAGAAGAUCCACGAUGGUCUGGAGCUGCUGGACAGAGAAAGGCUGUCCAAGCCCACGGUGUCCGUGAAACACGAGGCGGCGGCGCCUUCCGGCGGGAAGAGACUGCUGAGGAGCGACAGCGAAUAAGGAGCCGUCUUCAAACAAACGUCCUCGCCUCGCCACCGAGCUCGCAGUCUUCAAAUAAACGUCCUCGCCUCGCCGUCGGGUUUAUUUCAGGCUUUUGCAUUAAACGGGAUAAUCGGGUUGGGUUGAUGGAUGUCGGGCUGGCUGGUUCACCCCUUUUACUAUUUGUAGCUUUUUGUUUUUUGUACACCAGAGAAAAAAAACUGAAUUGGGAAUUGAGGAAUAGACAGAGAUGCAUGUAAUGUGAUUUUAUUUUUUAAAUUUCCAGACGAUGCAAUUCUUCCCGUCUACCACUUGAGUUUAAUGUGACCAAACACUGUUCAUCCAUUUAACCACAUAUUUAAACUGCCAAAACAAGUAAAGAAACCUAGUAGAUUUAAUGUUUUCUUAUUUGUUUAAUACUUAGUUUUGUAGGAGAUCUUUCUAUAUUUUUCAUUGUCAUUUUGUUUUCCAUGACUUUUUUUGUACCAUUUUUGCAUUUUGUUAUACAAAUCUUUGAGUAAAAAAUAAAUUCCUAAUGUAAACUC